AUGUUCUCCUCCGCUAUCCGGGCCAAGAUGGCCACCUCCUUCGCUGCCCGUCGUGGCUUCUCCACCACUCGCACCCAGCUCGGUAGCCCCUACCACUACGCCGAGGGUCCUCGCACCAACAUUCCCUUCAACCCUCUGACCAAGCGCUUCUUCUGGAGAUACUGGGCCUUCAUGGUCACCGGAUUCGGUUCUCCCUUCGCCAUUGCUGUUUGGCAAACCUACAAGACCAAAUAG